CUCUUCUUCUUCAACUGUUUGUUUGCCCAAUGCUGAUUUCAUUGCAACUGUCAAUUUCACCCUCAACUUCGCUUCUUCUCUUCUGUUCUUCUAAACCCAAGAAAUCCAAGAAAGAGAGAAAGAAACUUCUUCACCAAAAACUUCUUCGCAUAAGCAAAGCCCAAGAGAACACCGAUCUCCCCUUCCCUAAAUCCUCAUCAACCCCUCUCUUAAUCCACCCCAAACCCUUCUUCCAAACCAAAAUUCAAGCCCUUGAUGCUCUUCUCACUGACCUUGAAACUUCCGUCGACAAUGGCCUCCUCUUUGAUCCUGAGAUUUUCUCUUCCCUUUUGGAAGUUUGCUACCAGUUACGAUCCAUCCACCAUGGUAUUCGGAUUCAUCGCUUAAUACCCACCAAUCUUUUACGGAGAAAUGUGGGUGUUUCUUCUAAGCUUCUUCGUCUGUAUGCUUCUUUUGGGUACAUGGAAAUUGCACACCAGGUGUUUGAUGAAAUGACUAAACGUAAUGUCUCUGCAUUUGCUUGGAAUUCUCUUAUUUCUGGAUAUGCUGAACUUGGUCUUUAUGAAGAUGCUCUGGCGCUUUACUUUCAAAUGGAGGAAGAAGGUGUUGAACCUGACCAUUUCACUUUUCCUCGUGUGCUCAAGGCCUGUGGUGGCAUUGCGUCGCUUCAAAUUGGAGAGGCAGUACACCGGCAUGUCAUUCGUUCAGGCUUUGCUGGAGAUGUCUUUGUCCUCAAUGCUUUAGUUGACAUGUAUUCCAAAUGUGGUAGCAUUGUAAGGGCUAGAAAAGUUUUUGAUCAGAUUGUCUGUAAGGAUACAGUUUCUUGGAACUCAAUGCUCACUGGUUACACACGCCAUGGGCUUCUCUGUGAGGCAUUGGACAUCUUUGAUCAAAUGAUUCAAGAAGGUUACGAGCCGGAUUCAGUUGCUUUGUCCACCAUUCUUUCUAACAUUUCAUCAUUGAAAUUCAGAUUACACAUCCACGGAUGGGUGAUCCGACAUGGAGUUGAAUGGAAUUUGUCCAUUGCUAACUCCUUGAUUGUCAUGUACGCCAACUGUGGUAAGAUUAACAGAGCAAAAUGGCUGUUCCAGCAGAUGCCUCAAAAAGACAGUGUCUCAUGGAACUCCAUAAUCUCGGCUCAUUUCAAUUCCCCAGAAGCUUUGACAUAUUUUGAAGUGAUGGAAAGCCUUGGUGUUUUGCCAGACUCUGUAACAUUUGUGUCAUUGUUAUCAACUUGUGCCUAUCUGGGCCUAGUGAAGGAAGGGGGAAAGUUGUAUUCUUUGAUGAAGGGGAAGUAUAGAAUAAGACCAACCACAGAACAUUAUGCUUGUAUGGUGAAUCUUUAUGGGAGAGCAGGGCUGAUUGAAGAAGCUUAUAGAAUCAUAACGAAAGCGAUGGAGAUUGAGGCAGGUCCGACUGUAUGGGGGGCGCUGUUGUAUGCAUGUUAUCUCCACAGCAAUGUAGAUAUCGCCGAGAUUGCUGCUGAAAGACUCUUUGAAUUGGAGCCAGAUAAUGAGCUGAAUUUUGAGCUUUUGAUGAAGAUUUAUGGCAAUGCCGGGAGAUCGGAAGACGAGAAGAGAGUGAAAUUAAUGAUGGCGGAACGAGGACUGGAUUCGUAAAGUCGAUAAUAUGUGAAAUCUAUUCACACACAUGGAUGGUUGAUGAAUUCAUCUUGAUAGAUAUCUAGUUUAGCGUGAAGUUAAUUUGAGAAUUCACAGAGUUGGGAAUGGAUUGUACUGAGAGUAAAGCAAUCAAUUCCAGGUUGGUUUUUUUC